GACUGGGUUACCGAUGCGAAUGCCGAGUCGGCUAGUAUAUCGACAUGGCCCACGGUAUAUUGCCUGCAAUCAACGACCUCGCAUUGCUUGAUGCCCCGAUUCAAGAAGAAGUACAGAUGCUCAGUUUUGCCACGAAGUUAUCUGGACCAAGUAUCGGUCUCACGGCUUGUAGCUUCUUCGUUAUUGACAGAAGUUUCCUUCUCACGAUUUGCGGAUGUUUUCUGACAUACUUUGUUUUAAUCAUACAGUUCACGCCUCUACGUGAUCAUAAUGACUUAUAUAUAGUUAACAGUACGAUCGUAGAGUGAAGUGUUGAGUUUAGUCGUGCAUACGUUUAAUCGGUCAAUUCUCAUGCAGUUAAAUUCUCUCGGCAACUAAAGACUCGAUACUAUAGGCUAUUUCCGGAACUAAUUUCAUAAAUAAUUGCGCUACCUUUUCACAGUUUACAACGAUGCAUAUUAAUUCGUUUUUCUUUGAA